AUGAAAUUGAGGAUCGAUACUGUCACCACUUCAACCUCACUUUCUAUUUCAUUCACACACAACCUCACUCUGUUUUUUUUUCAUGGACAGACACAUUCUCACCAAUCCUCUCCUUUCUCUUCACAAAUCAACAAACAUGUAAACAUUUUCAAACCAAACUUUUCACAAAAAUCUCUCUCAACGCAACACCUUACACUGACCCAACAAGUCCUACCUCUCUCUAACACAUUCAUCUCUCCAAAGUCCUUUCCUUUCUCAAAUGGGCAAGAUUGUUCUAUCUCUCAAUAUAACUCACCUCAUACUCAUAACUCCAACUCCAUAGACCUUCCCACUCCACUGUAA